ACAGCUCAGAAUUUCUCGAGUCACCUUCGAUCCUUGGACGGGUUGCUCGGAGUCCAUCGUUCCCAGAUCAAGAUCAAAUUUUCUGUGAAAACUUCUCGAAGAAUCAGACAUUUAAUCGUCAAGAUGUCGGGCCAAAGUCAGCGCCUGAAUGUAGUUCCCACUGUUACGAUGCUCGGAAUCAUGAAGGCUCGCCUUGUUGGCGCCACGAGAGGUCAUGCCCUCCUCAAGAAGAAAAGUGAUGCCUUGACUGUGCAGUUCCGAGCGAUCCUCAAGAAGAUCGUCUCUACUAAAGAAUCCAUGGGUGAGAUCAUGAAAUCUUCCGCCUUUGCAUUAACUGAAGCUAAAUACGUUGCUGGAGAGAACAUUAAGCACAUUGUUCUUGAGAAUGUCCAGAAUGCUUCCCUGAAAGUUCGAUCCCGUCAGGAGAAUGUUGCUGGUGUGAAGCUCCCCAAGUUUGAGUACUUCACUGAAGGCGAGACCAAGAAUGAUCUAACUGGGCUGGCUCGAGGUGGCCAACAGGUCCAGCAAUGUCGUGCUGCUUAUGUGAAAGCAAUUGAGGUCCUUGUCGAGCUUGCAUCACUGCAAACAUCGUUCUUGACUCUUGAUGAGGCAAUCAAGACCACAAAUCGCAGGGUUAAUGCUCUUGAGAAUGUUGUGAAGCCGAGGAUGGAGAAUACAAUAACUUAUAUCAAGGGAGAGUUGGAUGAACUUGAAAGAGAGGAUUUCUUUAGACUGAAGAAGAUACAGGGGUACAAGAAAAGGGAGAUUGAGAAGCAGAUGGCAGCAGCUAAGCAGUAUGCAGAGGAACAGGUUGCAGAGAAAGUUUCGUUGAAGAAAGGGAUUUCAAUAAAUUCUGCACACAACUUGUUGUCAAAAACGGUGGAGAAGGAUGAGGAUAUAAUUUUCUGAUCCGGAGGUAAAUAUGGGGAAAAAUUUGGAUUUAAUUGAAGGAGAAAAAUAAAUCAGCUUGCUUUGUUUUUGAAAUUUGGGCUUCUUUCCAACAGGAAGAGAUGUUAUUUAUUUACAGAGGUGCAAUCUGAUUGAAAAGAGUUCGCUAAACUAAACUAAGUGCCCACGUUCAUAAGUUAGUCUUCUGAAGUUCUGGACUUGCUUCUGGUCAAUUUGUCUGCUUAUCUUCUAAGAAGAACCUAUCUCUGGGAGGUGGUUGUACCUUAGUGCCCAGAAUUGCCUGGGUGUGGUCAUGUUUCAUAUCAAAAUCAUAAUUCAAGCCAUUUCAUUUUGGAUAGAAAACAAACUUAAACCAUGCUUUGUAACUAUUUGAAAUGCAAUUCCAGAUAAAAGAAGGCUAUUUUUCAAAGU